UCUGCGUAUUAAAAUUAUUUACAAAACAGGUGACCUUAUAUAACUGUUGGAUUUUGUGAGGCCCCUGGGCAGUGGGGGCCCCUAUAAUUGUCACCACCUUUCACCCAGCUAUAGCGACGGCCCUGCCCUCAGGACAAAGAACAGAAAGGGAGUUACCGUUCCCUAACCAGCCACAACUAGUUCUCCAAAUUACAGGACCAGACAUAGCAUGUGUCUAGUGCUGCUAUUUCUUUUGACAUCAUUCAUCAUGAUAUCAUGGAAAUGGCCAGUGGUGAGAUUUCAUACCCACAUUCCUAAAGCUGCUCCCCCAAAUAAUUCCUCCAGAAUAUCAGCGAUUGACAUGGGAAUCAGUCAGGAGGAGUGGGAUAGACUACAGAAGGCUCUUGACUGGCCUAGUCCAGAUCAUGAAAUCACUCAACUGAAUCUCAGCACAAGUCCAGUCCACACAACAUUCUCUAUUGUGAGACUCAAUGACACUUACAAUGUGGGAGAUAAGAUCUGUGUUACAAUCACAGCCAGAGAUCACAACAACAACUUGAAAACAUAUGGAGGUGACUUUUUUCAAGCAAAGCUUUUCAAUUCGAAAUUAAAGGCAAGUGUUUAUGGGGAAGUUAUAGACCAUCGUAAUGGGACAUACACUGUUGAUCUUCUGUUACCCUGGGAAGGACAAGCACAAGUGUCUGUGCGUCUAGUCCACUCCUGUGAAGUUGUGAGGAUUCUUAAAAAAUACAGGGAGACGUCAUUUCCACGCAGCCACUAUUAUGGAUACUUUGUAGGACCAGGACCCAAAGGAACCAGGAUAAGUGAAAAAGUGGAAUGUAAUCUUAAAUGGGGCUCUCGUGGAAGUUGGAGUAAAGGCAACUGCUGCUGUGAGUAUAAGGAUGUGAAAACGGAGACGGUGUGGCAGUGUGACAGACCAAAACAACUUUCCUGUGACCACUGGGUACAUCAUGAAGCAGGAGCUUUGGAAAGCCCAUUAAAUAGUUUUGAAAUGCAGCUUUUUGCAAGUACAUUAACAAAUGUUGAAAUUACCGGAGACACAAAAACCAUAAAUGUUCUUCCCAACAUUACCAGCAUUGUUAAAACAGAGAGAUGCAGAUCAGGUUUGAUCACACCAGUUCCUGCAGGAUUCUAUUUUCAAGAUGUCUGGAAAUCUUUUGUCUGUAACACUCAGGUAUUCAGUCGUUCACAGAUGGCAAAUUGUCUUAAAAACAAGAUCUUUUACAUGUUGGGAGACUCAACCACAAGACAAUGGUUUGAGUAUUUGGAAGGAAAGGUGCCUGGGAUAAAAAGAGUUAAUCUCCACACUCCAAGGCUUGGUGGACCCCUGAUGAUUGCAGACAUGAAAAACAAUAUCAUUAUUCAUUGGAGCCCACACAGUGUUCCUUUGCGAUUUUAUAAAAUGCUGAAAACCGAUCUGCACCAUGUCAGCAAUGACAUCGAUGAAAUAGCUGGUGGUUCUUAUGGAGUCAUCGUAUUCACUUUUUGGGCCCACUUGGUUUUUCAUCCACUAACAUUUUAUGUCCAUGAAGUGGCCAAAAUUCGACAGGCUGUUCUGGCAUUGCUGAUGCGUGCACCAGACACUACUGUCAUCAUCAAGUCUGGAAACACUGGAGGCUUAAAGAACAUUUUUCAAAGUGACUGGCUUGCAAUGCAGCUAAACAUAGUGAUGAGAGAGAUGUUCAGUGAUAUUGAUGGAGUGAUGUACAUGGAUGUCUGGCAGAUGACUUCAUGUCACUAUCUAGAAGAAAACAUUCAUCCAGGUCCUGUUAUAAUUGCUAAUGAAGUGAACAUGCUGCUCUCACAUAUCUGCCCUUCCUAAUACAUAUGUGUACGUCAGUGUGUAUUGUUAAACUUAUAUAUAUAUACAUGUAUAUAAAUACUUGGACACAUAAAUAUAUAAGUUUAACAAUACAUACUGAACAUUUUAACUGCAAUAUUCAGAUGAUGUUUUUAGAAUGUUAUCUAUAGGACACAAACUAUGUUCCAUUACAACAAAGAGUAAACAUUCUUACUGCAACAUUGCAAAAAUGUUUUGAGGAUGUUGCUAAUUCUGAGAUUAUAUAUUUUUUUAUAAAAUGUUCAUGUAACAAAGGUAGAACAUUUUUGACUGCCACAUAUUCAGGAUGUUUUGGGAAUGUUGAUGAGGUAACAUGCAGAAUGUUCCUUAAUAAAUCAUUUUUGCAAUGUUCUAUAAUAAUGAAUAAGGAACAUUAUAAAACAACCUUCAUAAAAUGUUCUGAGAAUAUUCGUGAGGCCUGUUUCUAAUGUAGAACAUUUUGCCUGCACUAUUCUAAAAAUGUUUUGGGCAUGUUGUUUAGAUAACAGAUUAUACAAUGCUCUUUGAUAAAACAUUGAUACAAUGCUCCAUAAUAACAAAAGAUGAACAUUACAUGCAGCAUUCAUAAAAUGUUCUGAGAAUAUUAUUGAUAAAAUUUUAUUUAUAUUAAUAUCAAUGUAAUUAACAUUCAUUUUUUAUCAAAUGUUCUUCUAAUAUGAUGCAUUACCAAAUUAAGAACUUUAGAAUCUUGCCUUUAACAUUCUGAAAAAGUUUUGGGGGUUGUUUAGAUAAUAGAUUAUACAAUAAUAACAUUUUUUAUAAACAAUUAUACAUUGUUCCAUAAUAACAAACAAAGAACAUAUUUUGAGGGUGCCUUUGAUUUAUUAAUGGUGGCACAUACACUCAAUAGCGUCUUGGCCAGACGGAGUCUGCGCAGCGGAGUCAAACAACCUUUCUACCUUUGAACUGGCCGCCCUCUCCUACCAAGCGCACAACGCUCUUUAUUUGACAGAUGUUGUGGUCGGCACUGCAGUCAUGAUAACUGUGUUGUCAGUGUUCAUGGAGAGAUACUCACCGGCACAUUAUCAUUGCUCGUAGCCGGGAGAGUGCAGUAUCUGGCGGGAGAGAGAGGCGCUGCUGCUGUAGGAGCAGCAGCGGUGGAGUUUGUGUGGGGAAAAAGCAGAGACUUUGGCAACAAUCUUUUGUAAAUCGUCUUUUUUCCUCUCUGCUGGUGUAGCUGCGUUUCUUUGUUGUUUUAUUUCCCUGUGACUUUUAUUUCGUUUUGCAGCUAAUGUACCACACAAUGACACUCUCGCUAUGGGCAGUUCUACUAAUUCUGCCGCUGCGUUAACUUUCUCUAGUGUCGAACUCGUCUCGCGCAUAUACGGUGCUAAUGGCAUGGUCCACUCUAAUCUAUAAUGGGGGGCAGUGCCUUCGUACAGAUGUAAUAACGUAAAACGUUAUCAGGGAUAUCCCGACUAUUUUGAUGAUUACUUGGGGCUCUACAUGGCUAGUGAUAUGACUUAUUGGUUAAGUCUGCCCCUUUCUUUUGGAGGUCCCUGGUAGCUCGGGGCCCCAGGCGAAUGCCUACCUUUGCCUAAUGGGUAAGUCCGCCCCUGCACAACACACACGCCCGUAUAACGCACGCGGACGACACGCCUGCAUGACAUACACGCACACGCACGCACACCCUUACUUUGAUUGAGAAACAAACAUAAUACAUGACAAUUAACUG